GACCACAGGAAAUCAAACAAACAGUGUUUGGAGACGGCCACGUGUUCUGUGUUGACCAUCAAAGCUCAAGGUCUCCAAAUAAAACUGUGGUUCACUGGAAGUCAAACACGACUGUGUAUAAAUGAGAGAGUGAACGACGGUCAGACCGUCAGCGACGAUCACAGAGUCAGCGACGAUCACAGAGUCAGCGACGAUCACAGAGUCGGCGACGGUCAGACCGUCAGCGACGAUCACAGAGUCGGCGACGGUCAGACCGUCAGCGACGAUCACAGAGUCGGCGACGGUCAGACCGUCAGCGACGAUCACAGAGUCGGCGACGGUCAGACCGUCAGCGACGAUCACAGAGUCAGCGACGAUCACAGAGUCAGCGUCGAUCACAGAGUCAGCGACGGUCAGAGCACAGACACAGAAAUGGCAGCUCACAGACGCCCGGCUCUGCUCCUCACCUUCUUCCUCUCUCUGUGGAUCAAGUCCGGAGAGUCUUACUUUUUGGAUCAAUGCGAUGAAAUCUGUCCCGCGGUGUAUUACACCAGCACCUAUGAUUUGCCUUGCAUUGAUUACUGUGACAAGCACGGCUAUAGCUACUACUUCUGCCACACCAAGGAAGGGUGGGACUACUGCUCACCGGGAGUGAAUGUGGAUUACAACGGCAACGAGUGUAGCAGCAGUGGUCCCUGUGGGAAAUACGGCAACAAGAAGUCCUACGAGUGUCUGUCACUGACGUCAAACUCUCUGGUACAGUGUGGGCGGGUGGAGCCAAAAGCAGUGCAUCACAAAACCAUUAAUCUGAAAGAAUGUAUCAGUGAGUGUCGGUAUCACGAGUCUGGGGGUUACUUCUGGUGCUACACUGCCGAAGAUUGGGACUACUGCUCGCCCACUCCAGGCAUCACCUACCAGAACGUCGAAUGUCUCUCAAGUUCUCCAUGUGGAACCGAAGGCCAAACAAGUUACAGCUGGUGCUACACGACACCCAACCGAGACUGGGAUUAUUGUGGAAUCGUCAGUCCUGGAGAGUGCAGCUACACCGAGUCGUCUCGCAGAAAACGUCAGCCUAACACGUCAAGGGUGAUCUGUACCAGGGAAGAUCAGAACACCAGGGAAGUGACCGAAUUCAUCGCAUCACCAGGAUUAGUACCCAUGGCAGAGAUCAACAACAGGCUCCGCACUGAAGCCCUAGACCUCAUUAAUACAUUUGACGGUCAGGGCCUGAGCGGGCAGAGCCGCUCCAACUUGGUUCGCUCAACGCACUUUCGUAUCGACAACCAGGGAGUGAUUAACUUGAAUAAUCAGCGUUAUUACAACCUGCAGGUUCAGAUUAACAGGCCACGUCAACAGAGAGAAAGCACCACCGUGGCAAACAUCCUGGCCCCUGUAGACACGCCCACCUCCUACAUGCGCUUAGGCUUAAGUGAGAGUCUGAGUGGUGCGGUCAAAGUCGUUCUGGAGGUGAGAAGCGAAACGGGCCCGUCCACGUCCUCGUCCUCAGGCAAGAAGAACAAGUGCUGCAAACGACGUAAACACUAACGUCACGCAAGCAACUGUGCAACUGUGAUUUAUAAAGUCAUUUACUAAUUGUACUUUGACUCUGCGUAUUUGUACUUUGACUAGGUGUACUUGUACUUUGACUCUGUAUAAUUGUACUUUGACUAGGUGUACUUGUACUUUGACUCUGGGUAAUUGUACUUUGACUAGGUGUACUUGUACUUUGACUCUGGGUAAUUGUACUUUGACUCUGUGUCACUGUACUUUGACGUGUGUAAUUGUACUUUGACUCAGUGUAAUUGUACUUUGACUCAGUGUAAUUGUACUUUGACUUGUACUUUGACUCUGUGUAAUUGUUCUUUGAUUCUGUGUCAUUGUACUUUGACUCGGUGUAAUUGUACUUUGAUUCUGUGUCAUUGUACUUUGACUUGGUGGCAUUGUACUUUGACUCGUGGCAUUGUACUUUGUCUCGUGUACUUGUACCAGUGUAAUUGUACUUUGACUCAGUGUAAUUGUACUUUGACUAGGUGUAAUUGUACUUUGACUAGGUGUCAUUGUACUUUGACGGUGUAAUUGUACUUUGACUCAGUAAUUGUACUUUGACUCUGUAAUUGCACUUUGAUUUUGUGUAAUUGUACUUUGACUCUGUGUAAUUGUACUUUGACUCUGUGUAAUUGUUCUUUGAUUCUGUGUCAUUGUACUUUGACUCGGUGUAAUUGUACUUUGAUUCUGUGUCAUUGUACUUUGACUUGGUGGCAUUGUACUUUGUCUCGGUGUACUUGUACUUUGACUCAGUGUAAUUGUACUUUGACUCGGUGUACUUGUACUUUGACUAGGUGUCAUUGUACUUUGAUUCUGUGUCAUUGUACUUUGACUCUGUAAUUGCACUUUGAUUUUGUGGCAUCGUACUUUGACUCGGUGUACUUGUACUUUCACGUCAUGCAAUUGUAUUGUUAUUACUCACUGACAUGAUUGUGUUUUGCCUCAGAGCAAAUAAAUAUACGUUGACCUAAUAAUAA